AUGGCCACCUCGUUCCAAGCUCACGUCCACCAUCCCUUCGAGAUCCCCUCUUCAGAAUUACUUCUCAACGCCCGAUGCGUCCCAGGUAUCACAGGGAACGGGAUGCACUCCACUAUCUCCCAGCAUGACCCGCGCAAGUCCAGCGCUGGGGGCAUUUCCGCCCUCGCCAAUCUCGUGCAAUCCCUUGGACGCAGAGCCAGCGGUGAGACGCCCUUGUCCAAAAUCAUCGGCGCGGACUAUGAGGCGAUCCUGGAAUGGAUCCGCUCGGAGCGAAUGCGAAAGCUGCCUCCGGAGGGAAGUAGUUAUGAUAAAGUCCUUGUCUGGGCGCGGUUGUUCGUAGAACGUCUGCAUUCGUUUGAUCCGGCUAUUCAGCAUUUUGAGGGAGACAGUUACAUGGCGGCUGAGUUGGCGUACAUCCACUGUGCGAGUCUUCUUGAGUUGGGAGAUGAAAACUCCAGCGCUCUCUUGGAUGUCUUUGGUUUCUUCUAUCGUUGCUCGACGGGUCUGGAGAAUUUGCUUCACAGAACAGAGUUAUUCAUGGUCUCGCAGAGCAUCAAGGACCAGCUGAUUCUCGCUUUGGCGGACCUGGUUACCUUGGUCGUCGGGGUUGCUACCCACUGUCAUCAGUCUCUUGGCACUCUGGCCUCGGGAUUGGUUUCCAUUGAUAUCUAUAGUACUUUCACUGCGUCUAUUGAGAGCUUCCGCGCUCGGUGUGAGCAUGUGUCGGAAAUGAUGUGGAGGCAUCAGCUGCUCGGAGCGGGUCUCCAUGAGGACAAGGUGACUCAGGUGAAGACAAUCAAGAACUGGCUUGAGCCUGAAGAUCCCAUCUUAGGAAGUAUCACCGAAUUCACUGCGCACUUUGCCCAGGAGAGGGAGGAGUCGACGUGCCUGUGGAUGACACCCUAUCUCACUCGUUUCCUCAAGAGUGAUCAAAAGACAAUGUUCAUCUCCGGCAAGCCAGGAUCUGGUAAGACCAUCCUGGCGACGGUGAUCAAUGACCACCUUCAGUAUCCUAUCGGGGGUGUCAUGUACAAGUCCAUAUUUGUCCCGAUCAAUGCACGCAUCCCAGCCAACACGACGCCACGCGCAGCGGCAAAGACGAUCCUUUCUCAGCUGUUUUCGGCACGCAUUGGCAAUGUGCAGCUGUAUGAAAUUCUCUCGGAUGCGCACGACCGCUGUCGAAAGUCAACCAUUGAUGAGCAGUAUGAUAAUUCCCUCUGGCAUGCACUCGGCCUUGCCUUCCAGGCCAGUCUGAAGGAUGCGAAGGAACUUGUCCUUGUCGUCGAUGGAGUAGACGAAGCCAGUUGCGGACAGACCGCUCUGGUCAACCGGCUCAGAGACACGACCUUGCACGCGUCCAAUCUGAAGGUGAUUAUUCUUGGCGCGCAGAAGCAGGAGGCCUCCACUGCAGAGACUGUGGUGCAGGUUACUCCGGAACUGAUUCUCGACGACGUUUCUGCGGUCGUCCGAAGGAUCCUCCAAAACUGCCCCGAAUUUGGGGAGCUGUCCGAAGAACAGCGGGAGAUCACUGUAACCCAGAUCGCAGAGGCGGCCAAUGGCUCCUUUUUGUGGGCCAAGCUGGCCGCGAAAAAGAUCAGAGAUGGGAACCCGCCUAACGGGCAGGGGUUGGUGAAAGCCGUUGACACACUGGCCAAGGCAGAGCCCUCUCUCACGGAUCUUGUCGUUCAUCGACUUGACUCGAAAGUGUCGGACGAGGCGAAGAGAAUGUUAGUGUGGCUCGCCACUGCGACCCGUCCACUGAUGCUACGCGAGCUGUCUGAGCUCCUAUCUGUUCGACCGGAUAAGGGCACCAUCGUCGAGCCGGAGGUGGACCCGCGCACGCUUCUGCGACCCCUGGUGUCUCUGGUGUUCUGCCAAAAUAACAUGGUCUCCUUGCGACAUGGGCAGAUCCGCGCAGCUAUCAUAGACACCGUCAACAAAGGCAAACUGUUCCCAGCACUCGGGGACAGGCAUCUGGAUCUUGUCCUCAGGUUGCUGCUCUAUGUCAAGCUGAACGUAACAGAUGAGAAUGAGCUAUCUGAGACUCCGCUAGGCCCACAGAGGACGUCCCAGCUGCUGGAGCGGUUCCCUCUUCUCGACUUCGUCCUCCGGUACUGGGUGGGUCAUACGAAAACCGCGCUGGGAAGUGGAACAGACCAGCAGAUGCGCACAGUUGGAAAGGAGCUUGCUCCGUUCAUCCCCACCAAGCAAGUUGUGCCACUGCUAGAGAUGACCGUAUGGAGAACAAAACCCACGCCGGUGCUGAUAUCCGUGCACAACGUCCAGACUCGCCUCUACCAGCAGACACUGACCGCCGAUCAUCCGGCAACUCAGCAGGCGAUCAUCUGCCAAGCACUCUUCUACCGCGAGAUACGAGAUAUAGUGCCUUCUGAAGCUAGCCGGAUCUUCUAUCAUGCAGCGAUUAUAUGCCAAAAGGCGCUCUCCGGCCAACACGUCAUCACCAGGAGGAUGGCCCAGGACUUCCUGGAAAGCACCGCCGAUCAAGUCACCAAGUCACGGACGGAGAUCAUGAUAAGACGGACUGAGAUGCUGCAGCUCCUUGUUGAAUGCUGCAAGGUGCAGUAUGGACAGAAUAGUAACAUUGUCAUUUCGACGUUGACUCAGCUCGCGGAGCAUUUCAAGUUUAUCAAGGAAGAACGCAAAGCGCAGCAAAUCACAACUUCACUGCAGGCAAGCCUCACGGAGAGUACUACUUCACAGUCAACUGUGUCCCACCAGUCCGACGAAUCGUUGCUCGUUCAGCUCCAUGGCCGAAAGCCUAGCGUUCAGGAAGGCACAAAUUUUGCUCUAGACGACAUCGAAGCCGAUGACCUUAUCUCGCAAACAGACAGCCAGGGUUCCCUGUACCGUGAGAUUGAGAGCCACGUUCAGUCCAUCAAAGAGGAGACAGCGAGUUGGUCCGACUCCACAACGACCGAGUCGAGCUUCCAAGAAAUCAUCUCCAGCACGUCGGCCGCGAGCUCCUCUUCCAUCACAGCGGCUCAGAGGCUGGUAGAUAUGUGCUUGUCCCAGCAUCGAUGGCAAGACGCAACAAAAGGUCUGAAGGCAGUUCUGCUCCGUGUUUGGCCGUCCUUCUUCACUCCAUCGGUCCAGGAUGUGGUGCUUCCAUCGGAGAACGCCGAUCAGUGCAUCAACCUGGCAGAGCGCCUGAGAGACUGCUAUCGCUUCAGGGGCCGUCCAGCAAAAAGGGAGGACAUCUCCCUUCGCCUCUAUCACAGCAUCCGGCGAGGCCGUCCUAUUGGAGAUGAGCUGCGAGAGCGGGUCACAAGGGAGCUUCUGCGACUCUAUGAACGUAAAUCUCAGACUGACAAGCUGAUCCCCAUCCAUCAGGACAUACUGGACGACUUGACGAAGAAAUCUGGAGAAGAUUACCCUGCGGCACUCAAAGAGCUUCGGACAUUAGCAGACCUCGCACGGCCGCGCUCAGCUUCCGUCGGCUACCAUCGCCGAAUCAUUCAGAUUCUGAACAAGAACGCUGACACCUGUCACCCGGAGGCCUUCGAGUCUCUUCUCAUCGUGGCAACGGAGCUUUUGGACCAGGGACAAUACUCUGAAGCGCGAGAGCCCUGGAAAACCUUGUUCAAUACUCUCCGGCACCCAAACAUUAACCCGAAGCUUCGGGACCAGGGAUUCGUCAAGUCAGUCUAUGAGCGGUACACUCAGUGUCUACGUAUGAGCCACGCGGAGCUCCGUGUGAUACACGAUGUGACAGUUCAGUAUCGCAGCACCUGCGAGACGAGAUUUGGAGCUUCUGCCUCGAUCACCAUCCAGUCUACGACCAGAUUGCUGGAUAUCUGUCGGGAGUCCAAGCGAUACGAAGCCGAAGUCGUCCAGUUGUGCGAACGACUCCUCAGGACUCAAUCUACCGAGGGCGAGAUUGACCAAGAGGAACUGCGAGCAAUACUGGAUGCUCAUUACGAAGAGCAAUACGCGUCAAUCGCGGCGGCCGGUGUCGAUUCCGUGUCCUCCGAGCAGAUACAGCGAGUGAUCACCAUCCGAAAUGAACGGCUGUCGACUGUACGGUCAACCUACGGCUGGGCCCACGAGAACACCCUGUCUGAGAUGAAAGAGCUGGCCUCCCUAUACACGAAACGAGGGGAAACGCAAACCGCCCUGUCGCUGCUCCAGGAAGCGACUGUUCAAAUUGUUUCGAAGGAAACCUCGGCGACCAAACUCGCUGCUGCCGCCCAGACCAUUGCAUCCAGCUACAUCGCGAUGGGUCAGGUCCGGCGCGCAAAGGAGCUCUCCGAGGAGCUCUACCGUAAAAUCGUGGUCAAGGAAGCCGGCUCCACAAAUUUUGUCCUGCCGUUCGGUGGCCGUCAGAGCUUGGUCUUCCUCGCGCAUUUUGAAUACAGUCUUCGGGAGCAGAAGGAAGUCUCGCUCACCGUAAGCGAGAUUCAUUCGUCCCUGUGUGCCGAGUACCUUUACUUUGAGCGCUACCGAUCAGAGGCCCGCUCCAAGUCCAGUACUCUGGAGAACGUGGUGGGCACUGCUGCUCGUCUGUAUGGUCUUCUUCGCACCAGAAGCCAUGAGUCGACGACUGCCCGUCUCGUAGAGGAUCUCGCCAACUCCUUCACCACGUCCCAGAAGGAAAAAGUCCAGGUGAGCUUCGGUCAGGCCAAGGUCUUUAUCGGCACUCUUCUCGAGUACUUUAGCAUAUAUACCACUAAAAGCUUCCUGCGGUCCGUGGCCAUCGCAAGCUACCGCCGUGUAACGCACCUCCUCACCACAAGAGAUCACCAGGCUGCCUGUGAUCUAGCCGUGACCGCAUUCAAGUACAUCCAGGCGCACAAUGGAUUCUCCUCCUCGCUGAGCGUCGUCAAGCUCCUCUUCAAUCUAGGACUAGCCGUCUCCGGUGAAGAUCUGGAGCCGCGUCCAGAGUCAACAACAAGGAAGCAAAUGCUCAGCACAUCAGCCACCAUUAUGAGCGCCACGCUGGGAUACUGCAAGCAAGCCAACAUCGACCUCGCCCAGCUGGACCUGGUAACGCUGAACAAACUGAUCAAGCUCCUGGACGCACAAAGCGAUUACACCAACCUGGCCUGGCUCCUCACGGGGCUCUGGAACAAUCUCGACAGGCACCCGCCCUCGCAGCAGGAGGCGACAUACACACUCGCCCUCGGACGCAUGCUCGUCAUCACCCGCUAUCUGAUGGGCGAGUACAUGGCCGCCAUCCGACUCGCCGAGGACAUUGUAUACAACUGUGCCCGCGUGCAUGGGCCCCAGCACCCGAGCACCGCCGAGAUGACCGUUCUCCUAUCCCAGAUGUACACCAGCGUGGCACAGGGAUACCAGGGCAGAAAGGAGCGCCGCGAACUCGCAUACCGGUACUAUAAGAAAGCCGCGGCGCUGCAUGAGAACGCGCUGCGAGCCUUCAUCGAUCCCACCUCUCUGGCGUCACCGGCGAUAGAUGACGGAGAAAGCUCACCCCGCUCGGAAUCCGCACCGUCUAGUCCCGGCGAAAGACCGGAGGAUUCGGGCAGGUAUGUUCGGCAGCACCUGCAUUUGCUCAAGCUAGCGGUGGAACGUCUGGGUAAUUGGCCCAAAGACUAUAUGGAGUACGAAAGGCUCAAUUCCGCUCUGUUCCAGGAGUUUGGAGACGAUCUCAAGGGUGUUGAGGGUGUGGAGAAGUGGAAUUUGAAGAACUUUGGGUCUGGUCGUGCGGAGGCCAGCGACGAUUUGAUUUCCCCCAAGUCGCAUCCCGCAUUCGGUCUGGGGGAACGGUUCGCGAUUGCUGUUUGA